ACUCACGGUGUCCUUGCCGCCCACUUCCGCCCCGUUUGAGAAGCACUACUCUCUUCGUUUGUUGAUGUCUCUUGAGCGCUAAUCUGACCUGAAUUCACAGGUGGUGUGUGUUUUGUCUGUGAUGCUGGGCUGCAGGGACAGGCCAGUGGAGGAGACAUGACUGCUGAGUAACACACAGUUACUUUCUCCGCUCAGCAUGAACAGUGAGGAAGAGUUUUACGACGCUGAGACAGGGCUGGAGUCAGAUGAUUCCUGUGAGGUCAGUUUCAAAGAUGCCCUGGUGUUUGACAGUAAGCAGGGGACUGACAGCAGUGCCAAACAGGAGAAUGGAGUGUGGGAGCGCAGGAAAACCCUGCCUGCUGAAAUGAUCUCCAGAAACAAUUUCAGUGUGUGGAGUAUACUGAAGAAAUGCAUUGGCAUGGAACUGUCCAAAAUAGCGAUGCCCGUUGUGUUUAACGAGCCGCUGAGCUUCCUUCAGAGAAUCUCGGAGUACAUGGAGCACACUCACCUCAUCCACACAGCCUGCAGUUUGUCUGACUCAAUAGACCGAAUGCAGGUUGUUGCUGCGUUUGCUGUUUCGGCUGUAGCAUCUCAAUGGGAAAGGACUGGAAAGCCAUUUAAUCCUUUACUGGGGGAAACAUAUGAACUCACAAGAGAGGAAGAGGGCUACAGAUUGAUCUCGGAGCAGGUGAGCCACCACCCCCCUGUCAGUGCCUUCCAUGCCCAGUCUCUGAAACAAGAGUUUGAGUUUCACGGCUCCAUUUACCCGAAACUCAAGUUUUGGGGCAAAAGUGUGGAGGCUGAGCCCAAAGGCACCAUGACGCUGGAGCUACUGAAACAUAAAGAAGUGUACACAUGGACAAACCCAAUGUGUUGUGUGCAUAACAUCAUACUGGGAAAACUCUGGAUCGAGCAAUAUGGAACGGUGGAGAUAGUCAACCACAGCACGGGAGAUAAGUGUGUGUUGAACUUCAAACCGUGUGGAAUGUUUGGGAAAGAGCUGCACAAAGUCGAGGGUCAUAUCCAAGACAAAAGUAAGAAGAAGCGCCGAAUGAUCUACGGGAAGUGGACAGAGUGCAUGUACAGCGUGGACCCAAAGGUUUACGAAGCAUACAAGAAGUCAGAGAAGAAGACGGGGGGAGACUCAAAAAAGCUGAAACAGGGACAUAGUUGUGAAGCGGACGAGACGGAUGAGAUGCCAGAAGUUCAAGAGACUGUGACUGUGAUACCAGGAAGUGCCUUACUGUGGAGGAUAACGCCGCGGCCUGCUGAUUCAGCGCAGAUGUAUAACUUCACCAGCUUUGCCAUGACACUAAACGAACUGGAGCCCGGCAUGGAGAGACUACUGGCAACAACCGACUGCCGGCUACGGCCCGACAUCAGAGCCAUGGAGAACGGAGACAUGGACACAUCAAGUACAGAGAAGGAGCGGUUAGAGGAGAAACAAAGGGCCUCACGCAGGGAACGCUCCGUGGAUGAGGAGGAGUGGUCAACCAGGUGGUUUCAGCUGGGAACUAACCCUCAUACUGGAGCUGAGGACUGGCUGUACACAGGAGGAUAUUUUGACAGGAAUUACACUGACUGUCCCAGCAUCUAUUGACCCAGGAGGAGGUGUUCAGUAUGAAGAUCUCCUCCUCUCUGAUAGGAUUCACUUUAUUUCUCUACAUCAAUUUGUCUUUGUGAUGUCCAGAAGCUCACAGGUACUGUGUCUAUGUUUGAAUCCAUGAAAAGCUGAUCUCAAAAUGUUGUCAGACAGUUUGUCAGAUUAGUCCUGACUGAACUUUGUCCACAGGAGAAAUGUUAUAUUAAGAAUUUUAGAGUUUUAGGAGUUUACUUCCUGUAAAUGUUGACAUCUUUAUAUGCCCUAAUCAUGACAAUAAUAGUCCACAUGUAUGUUACCGACCUGUCUGGGUUUUUAAACAAGUCACCUGUGUGUGUGUAUGUGUGUUUGUGUGUGUGUGUUUGUGUGUGGGAUUGCGUUGCGUGUGAGCGUUGUGUGUGCGUGUGCGUGUUGCGUGUGUGUUGAAUGUCUGCGUGGUGAUCAAGCUGCUGCUGCAGGACACAAAGCUCUGACUUCUAGAAGAUAUAUUCUCAGUUUUAGUUCAGGUACUCUACCGUAAUCUUACCUGUAGACCUACCACACAUUCAAAUAUCAGGGGUUAUUUAAACACAUCUUCUACUUUUUUUUAUAUAUAUAACCUUUUUGAAUAUUAGAUGUGCAUUUUGGUUAGCUGUAAACAUCCCUAAAUGUUACAAGUGUGAUACAUUUUCUGUGAAUAGAGAAUUACAGUAGAGAUGAAAGCUGCUUAUAACCACGUUUACCAUCACAGUAAACGGAUUAUUGUUACAUAAUAUUCUUGUCCACUGCAACAUAGAUAAUGUGUACAAUAAUUGGUGCAUGCUUGUUCACCAAGAUGAUUAUUUACACAAUGUUAAAGCCAUAAAAACGUUUUUCUGCACUAAGUAUAACAAUGUAAAUGGAUUCAGCAGGAGGUUUUUCAAAGUCUGACACUAUAAGAAACAUGUUGAUGGGAUAUUCUGAACCACACAGUCAAAACAAUAUUAAUUAAUUAAUCAAAAGUUCAUGUUAAUGUGUUUUUAAACUCUUAUUAAUAUUAUUUGUCUUACUUAAGACAAACUAACUGCAAACAAGAAGUAAUAACGUUGCCAUGGAGUCAGUUAGGUAGUUAGCUGUUUUUUGUUGUUGUUGUUUUAAGUUGGUAUUUGUUUAUUUGGGCAAGUUACCACCAUUAAAGUUUGUCAAAUUAGCUUUUAGCAGUUCCUGUUUGAAAUGUGCCCAUUAAAUAUUCAGACAACCAUCACUGGAAGACUUUGAUACUGAAGAAAAGUAAAAAACAUGAUGAUUCUCAGGCAAGUCCUGGAGUUAUAAGGAUAGUCUUUGAUUUUGAUUUUUUCUAAUGGGAAUUUUGGACGUUUAUCUAUUUGCGAGAUAAUGAUAUUCUUUGGAAGUGAAAGUCACGCCGAUGAUAAAUAUUUGUUAUAUUUUUUGAGAGUUAAGACUCUGAUAAAGAGGAGGAAUUGUGAGUCAAAUUGCGGCUCAUGUAUCUCCCUCCAGGGCCCUCUGUUGAGGAACAGUUCAAAAACCUCUUGUAUAUAGAGAAAGCUGUGUCAUACUGACUGAUUAUAGCUAUUUGUCUUCACACAUGGACAAGUAUCUGACUGUUUUUAGAGUUCCAAUUUUAAAGCCCUGAGACAUAUUUUCCCAUCAUUGAAAGCUGUUCAUAUUUGGGACUAAGCAGCAGCAGCAAAAAAAAAAGACAGGACACUGUAGCCAUCAUAAACCUAUGCAAAAAGAUCCAUCCAGUCUGCCCUCCUGAAAUGUGAACAAUGAAACACUUGCUCCUCUUUAGCUUGUAGCCAUUGUGUGCUUCAGAUGCUUCAGUGGCAGCAGUUAAUGAAUGUUGUGUGCUGAUGAUAUAACGCUUCCAUACAUACAGCAGUUGUUAGACGGUAUAUAGAUGUUCCUUUUGUGUUUCAAGGCACUAACGUUGCAUAAACUGCACAUUUGAACACUCACAGUCCAAAGCACAUAUUGUACAGUGAAAAAAAACACUCUACAUCAUGUCUUCUCCCAGCGUCUCUCAACUUUACCCUGAAUUCAAAGCACUUUGUGACGCCUGCAGACACUCAAAGGUGCAGGUUCACUCCUGUGGUCCCUAUAAUCUCACACUAUUUGUACCUUCUUGUGUCAUCUAGCAUCCAUUUGAAAAUGUUUACAUUGUAUGUUCAUCCCCCCCAUGCUGUUAUCCACAUACAACCAUAUGGCAUAUGUGAGAAAUAAAUUAUGGAUUAUUGAAAUUACCAGCCCUGACGUUGUUUGAAUACUGACUUCAGCUUCUUAUGACAUCAGUGUUAUUUAUACCAGUCUUUCCCAAAUAAAGUGUCACUAGAUGAUUUAAA